UGCACCAACGUGCUAUAGACUCUAGCCGAGUAGACAAUAUAAGUAGCGACAGAGCCCGAAAGCUUGAAGUACUUUCAUGUCCCUUUCAGAGCAGCGUGUCAAUGCGCAAUUGCGCAGCCAGGAAACUCUGAGCUGUGAGACCAUAGGCAAGGAGGAUUCUGGAAAACUACCGCAGUGCCUGUCGGAAAAAAAAGCCUCCUGCUGUGACCCCAUUCCCAUGGAAAUUCAUUUCAAAUGUUACUCAUUGUGAUCAGGUGAGCACUAUUUCUCUAUGAAUUCCCUGCGGCUUGAUCUUGGACGGUAUUGGAGGGACCGUUUCGUUAAUUGACAUUUGGACACAUUGGGAGGUUAAGCAUGACAAUGUAUUGGACUCAUAUAUGUUGUGGCAGCAACUCACGAUGACAGUUCGCAUCAGGACGGUGGAUGCACUUAUCAAAAGUCAGGAUAUUUCAGGGGAAGCACCAUGGACGCAGCGGACAUAGUUGCUUCCGUUUUGGUUUUGGGGAUAAUUAUCGUGUCGCUGCUGUCCAACAUUGUGGUGCUGAUCUGCUUUCUGUACAACCCGGAGAUCCGCAAACAGGUACCCGGUCUUUUUAUUCUCAACUUGACGUUUUGCAACCUGUUGCUAAGCGUGUCAAACAUGCCACUAACUCUGGUCGGGCUCGUCACCACGGGCUACCCCGGAGGCAGCGGCUUCUGCCAAUUUGUGGGUUUCCUCGACACUUUUCUCACCACUAACUCCAUGCUGAGCAUGGCAGCUCUCAGCAUCGAUAGAUGGGUGGCGGUGGUGUUCCCUCUGAGCUACCACUCAAGAAUACGGCACCGGGAUGCAGUGGUAGCGCUGGCAUACACGUGGAUCCACUCACUUUGCUUCUCAACAGUGGCCACCUGCCGCUCCUGGGUCGGGUUCCAUCACCUUUACGCUUCGUGCACUCUCUGCAACGUCAGGGCGAAGGGAGCCGGGACGCAGUUCGUCAUUUUCACGGUGGCUUUGCACUCCCUCACUUUCCUCCUCACGCUGAUCGUGUUGUGUGUAACGUACUUGAAAGUGCUGAAAGUCGCAAGGUUUCACUGUAAACGCAUCGACGUGAUCACCAUGCAGACGCUGGUGCUGCUUGUGGAUAUCCACCCCAGUGUGCGGCAGAAAUGCUUGGAUGAGCAGAAGCGGAGGCGGCAGAGGGCCACCAAAAAGAUCAGUACUUUCAUCGGCACAUUUGUGGUGUGCUUCACCCCACAUGUCAUUACAAGAAUUGUAGAGCUGUUCUCCCCAGGGCCCAUAAGCCCUCACUGGGGAGUGCUGUCCAAAUGUUUGGCCUACAGCAAGGCAGCAAGCGACCCGUUUGUCUACUCGCUGCUGCGUCACCAGUACAGGAAGACCUGCAACCUUCUGGCUAACAAAGUCCUCAAGAGGAGUCCACUCAACUCCUCCUCCCUCAGGAUGGAGAACAGCGCAGCGAGGAGCGACAACCAUUCCAACACAACCAACAACAUCCGACAGUAGAUUGACCUCUGCGUGACGGUGUAACAUCAGAGUGAACUGUUAACGUAAUUAUUGUUGAAGGACAAAGCUGGCAAUAUUCUCUUUUUUUCUUAUUGUCAGCAAAUCCCAUGAAAAGACUAAACUCGACAAGACGACUUUCCCAUCCUGUCCUGAAACGUGUUUACAGUGUACGACUCUCAGCAGCAGAUUUGGUACACUAGCAAAUAUUUACAGAAGCAGGACUGCAUACAUAAGAUCAACGUAAAAUAAACUACACUGCCCAUGUAAUGAAGGAACAUGUCACCCAGCGAGUGUGGCUCAUAGAUGUAUUUUUAAUAGUUUUUGGACAAUGAUUGAGGUGUAAGGCCCAGAGGAAUAAUCUGUAUAAAGCUUUGGCUACACAGGAAAUAAUAAUCAGUAGGAUCCAUUCAUUGUAAAAAUAUAGAAUAUCCUAAAGAAUAAUUGACAGACCCCUUUUGUAGAUUAUGUGUGUAGAUUGUAAUGGCAUUAAUUAUUUCAAUACAGAUGUAAUACCGUCUUUUUCUGCAAAGACUGACAGUUUCCAAUGAGCUUAUUUCGUAGCAUUCUGGUAAAUGUGUGUCAAAAUGUGUUUUACAUCACACCUGAACUGAAUGGCAAUGUUUCUAAAUUCAAGCAACACCUCUGACCUCAAUGAUGAUUCUCUGGCUGGAUAAAGGUAAUAUAGUAUAUGUUGGAGGGAUAAUAUAAAAUAGAUGAGUAUUUUAAGUGAUGGUUUAAUUGAAAUGACUGUAUGCUGUAGCUGUGAGUUCUAAAGUGCCUUUUAGACUACAUGAGCUCGCUGAUUUAAUCAAAACACAACAGAGGAAACCUUCACAUUCUGUCAUUUUCUUGGUAUUCUGUGCUGUGGUCAAGUGUGAUUAUGGAGCCUGUGAUGCAGUUUGGUGACAUUGUAAGAAAGUUUUUAGUGAUGUUUAUUUUGUAAUAGCCACAUUGUAUUGUUGCAUCGAGCAGAACAGGGCGAAAUGUUAUUUGAAUGUGGUAGCAGCUAUUCUGUGAUGUGUAAUUAGCGGCUGUGUGACGUCUGGUUGUAAAAAUGAUUCAUUUUGACAACGCUGGCAAAUCAGGAUGUUGUGUUUUUACUUUACUGUGACAGUAUGAAGACUUUUAAAGGCUUAAAAACUAUUUAUUUUUGUGAAAACUGUGUCUGAUUUUUUGCUAAAUGCAUUUGUGACUAUAUUGCAAUAAAUGCUGUGCAUUUUGACAUUUUAAAACCUCACAAGUUUCUUCUUAUACAUCUAUUAAUGUCUGUAAUCAUUGCUGUAUGACCUGAAUAGACAUCCACGCUCAUUUUUAACAAUGCUUUACCAAAAGACAAGUCUGCCAAAUCUUAACACCUUUAU